AAACACGAAUUUGAAGUAGAGAUGACAUGUGGUGGCUGUUCUGGAGCUGUUGAACGAGUUUUAAAAAGGAGAGAAGGUAAAGAAUAGAUUUGCAAUUACUGCAUGUUAAUGGCAAGGAUUGUAUAUACAUUACUCAUUAGCUAAUAAGCAUGCAUAGCAUUAAAUUUCAUCAUUCUAAUACAAUUCAAUAACCAGUUAUUCCACGAACUCGAUGAGCUGAUGGCAUGUACGACGAGAAGAAUAGCUGUUUCAUAAUAUACUGUAGACAUUAACUGCAUUUAUAUGACUCCUUAUAUGGUUUUGUGUGCAGCCACAAUCCAAACAAUUUGCCCUAAAACGUUCAAUUGUUUUAUUUUGUAAUAUUUUGGUUUUACAAUGUUUCCUAAGUGAACUGAAGAACAUUGCUGAAACUUGGCAUGUUUAUAUCUUUAAAGUUUUUAGGCGAAACAUGUUCUUGCCAACUUAAAUUUAUUUGUUAAAAGAUUGCUGUUAUAAUUUACCUGAGAAUCAGCUUAAAUUAACUAGAAAUUUACCUGAAAUUACUCAUGAACAAAUUUUGGGGGGUUAUUUUGGGGGGUUGCUAAGUCCCUGAUUAUUGGCUCCGCAAUCAGUUGAAAGGUCACAUCGGCGAUCCAGAUUUUGACAUGUAUGCAUUUUAUUUAUAGUGUAGACUGUAGUUUAUGAAUAUUGCACUUAAUGUAUAAACAACUGCCAGUUCGCCCCCAUUCAAUGUUGGUAUCUAUUAUCAGUCAAUUGGACCAGCAUACCGAUCGAGACCAUGCAUUAAUGAAAACGUAAGAGAAAACAAAAUUUCACAGAUAAAAGACAAGGCUGUAGAUACUAGUUUGGGAGCUUUCUAUUUUCAGAUGUGAAGGACAUUGCCAUCGAUAUGGAGAAGCAGAGAGUUUAUGUAACAUCUGAUGCUUCUGCUGAGGAUCUUCUUGAAGUUAUAAAGAAAACAGGGAAAAAGACCUCGUAUGUUGGCACCGCAUAG